GUGGUAAGAACAGAAGUAGAAGUACUGGUGGGAAAUUUGACAGUGCGCGAAACAUUUUGUUCCGUGUGGACUCAUGAAUUGAGCUUUUGCAAACAUUACAUGGGGAUAUUUUAAUGUAACGAAGGUAUGGACCGGUACGUGCUUGUCAUAUCUUUCUGCCAAACUGAUAAAGAGCUUUCUGAAGACCUUGAGUGUCAUGAGCCAGUGAAGCAGAUCUUUGACAGACUUGUGGACAUCUCAACAAAGGAAUCAGAGAGAGGGAUCUCUGUGUUUCCAGCAUGUUCUCUCAGUGGCAGUCCAGCAGCUCAGAGGUGGUACUUUGCCGUUCAGGCCUGCCAUGGAGCAGCACAGUUUUGCAGCCUGGACUGGGAAGAACCGGGGACAGUUCAACCCAAGCCUGACAGCGAGGAGGACACGCCUUCUGCUUUAGAGUCAUGUCUCAGUUAUCUGAGUAAUCACGACUCACAGGACCAGCCAGCACUGACAGAACUGUUGGAGGAAGCUGCAGAGGGACUUCACCUGCUGACAGACAAGCUGCCGCCUCCAGGUAAAGCUUUGCUGGAUGUGCUAGUGCUGGGCUCUGCAGAGCAAUCCCCUCCUAUUAAAGACCUGCUGCCUCUGCUCGGAGCACUCAAACACAUGUCCUGCUGGCACGCUGCGAAGAUCACUGUAGCCACACAGCACUCAACUGGGUGGCAGAAAGCAGCAUCCUACCUGAGUGCCUGUCUGGUUGAGCCCGCUGACCUUGACAGUUGUAUCAGUCACAGAGAACAAUGGAGGGGCAGCCUGGUUAUCAGAGAGAAGAAGUAUGUGUCAGAGCUCCGUUUCGAUGGCUUUUCUCUGCGCUCUCCUGUGAAUCAGAUGUCUGACUCCAGCUUCCUGCAAGUCCCAUACAACAUGACAGACCACAAACUACAGUCUGAGAUCUUCCAUUACUACGCACCGGUCUUAGAUUUGGUCCAAUUGGUCGAUCCGUCAGACCUGCCCAGCUUUCUUUUCUCCCCUACUCAGUUUGAACUGAGCCUGUGUGGGAAAUCAAUGAAAUCUAAACUUCUACUGGAGCAGCUGAGGUCACUGCGUGGAAAGGUUGGAGCAUUGUUCAGCCUCUCCUGUAUAAUCACCCCCAUCGCCCAGCCUGCAGCCAGCCAACUCAGCUCCACGCGUUGGAGAGAGUCUAUCGCCAGGAGACCGAAGUCCUUACCAGUCCCUGAUGUGGAAGUGAAAGGUGAAAGUGCUCACUACUUCCUGUUAGUUCAGGGCUCUGAGGACAUCGAGAGUGGAACCUGCAGGGUCAGGAUGUUGCACUCAGACAGCCAAAUCAAUGGAUCUGCUGCCAUGGCAACCGUCUCCAGGUUGCUGAGAGAGAAGUCUUUAUCAUCAUCAGGAGGAGCUGUAAGCAACACCCUCUGCCCCCUGCCUUGUCUCCAAGGAGACAGCCUGCUGAAGAGAGAGAGGAAGGUGACCCAAGCCCAGGCACUGGUACUGAAAGAAUACCUCAGACGGAGAGAAGAAGCUUCAGCCUCAACCUUAAUACCCGUCAAUGAUUUGAAGGUCAUUCUGAGUCUGGCCAGAGAACAAUAUCUGAAGAUGAUUGACUCCACGCUGCCGACUGUUGCCACCACUCUAACAGAUGAGGAGGACAGCACUGACGCUAAGAACCCAGUUUUACAGCUCCUUUCACAGCUGCAGGCUGACUGGCCUGAGAGAGGCGUCCUCCACAACAUAGAAAACCUGCAGAGGAGACGACAGAAGAAGAGAUUGGGUCUGUUAGGUCCAGGCUCCAGUGACAGUCUACUGGGUCCUAAAGAUGUCCAAAAGGCCUCUUCAAAUUUACUGGACGCCAAAGAACUUCUCAAACACUUCACUUGUGAUGGUCAGCCCACUGGGGAGCUCCAACCCCUGCCUGUCAAUAGAGGUAUCAAUGUGUUUCAGCUGUCACCAGACCUCUCUCCUGGAAGAGUCAGCCAGAUGUCCUUCAACAAAGCUUCGGCCUCACAUUACCAUGGCAUAGAGUUCUGCCUGGACAACCAGCGCUCCUUAGACCGGGACCAAACCUUUAUGAAACUCCAGUCCCGUCUGAUUCGGUACGAGACCCAAACUACCUGCUCCAAAGAACCAUCUGCCCUCCCGUUCACUCUCAGCCCUGCCCCCUCCCCUGCUGUGAUGUCAGAACCAGGAAGUGUGCCUGAUGGAGAGACUUUGCAGAAUGCUGACGUAGCACGACUCAAACGCAGGUCAUGGGACACAGACGUUAUCGGGGGUUACCCUCGCAAGAGGUUAGUAAAGUCGGAGAGCAGCGACUCCCUCUGUUCUCAGAGCAGCGGCAGCAGUGGGACACACCCUGCUGUUAGGUCUCUGCGGCAACAACCAAGCAGAUCCCAGUCCACCUCCUCAACCAGUAGUCCCUCAUCUUCCUCAGCACCAAAACGGACAUCCUCAGGUUUGGUGGCGCUUUCUUCUGCUGACAAACCUAAAGCUCAACAACAGAAGACACAUCCUGAACAAACAGAGGACAAAUCCUCCAAAGAGUCACGCUCCAUGAAACACAACAGGAUGCUGCUGGAAGUUGUAGCUAAAACCCUCAAACACCACGGGAUCACUGGCGAACAUGAGUGCUUUGAGGCCUGCAGCAAAAGACUGUUUGAUAUCUCGAAAUUCUAUCUCAAGGACCUGAAGACAUCUCGGGGUCUGCAUGAUGAGAUGAAGAAGGCGGCAAAUAGCAACGUUAAACAGGUCAUUGACUGGGUCCUGGAGAAGACCUCGAAGCAGUAGAGACGCUUCAAUUGAUAUUUUAUUUUCAUGUUUUUUUGAGUAUUUCACUUUUAAGCCAAUAACUUUUACGUUUUUAAAUAAACCCUUUUGUAAUUGA